GGAGAAAUUACUUUGUCGCUGGUGGUCCGGUUUGGGAUUUUACGCGUAGUUCCACCUAUGAAGAUGUGAAAAAGUUAGGAAUUAGUGGUGCUGGAAACGUGUUUGGUAUUCACAAGUUGGUACUUGCUGGAAAACUAAAUGGGACGAUGAAAAAACCAUCUGCGAGGCCGUUGAAGGUGUGGCAGGAAGAGUAGCACGAGGUAGAGGACUGCUCCCCCUCAACCCUUCCCUCGCUGCCCUGUCACCGUGAGCAGAGUCCCUGUUUGUUUUUGUUUUUUUCUGCUCGGAUACAACCUGCAACCUGGUGAAUUCAUGAUCACAUGACCGUGGAUAUGGACGCAGUCCUGUCCGACUUUGUCCGUUCCACUGGAGCUGAACCAGGAUUGGCCAGAGAUCUGCUGGAGGGCAAGAACUGGGAUUUCACUGCCGCUCUCAGUGACUUCGAGCAGCUACGACAGGUGCAUGCUGGGAACCUGACGUACACGUUUGCAGAGGACAGGACAUAUCUGCCAGCCGAGAAGGAGAUGGCGAGGGUAGGGCGGCCCAUACUCCACCGCCAAGAUGAGGUGGUGCAAGCUACAGAAAAACGUCUGUCGAGGGGCAUUUCCCACGCCAGUUCCACCAUCGUGUCGCUGGCACGCUCUCACGUCUCGAGCACUGGAGGUAGUAGCAGCGAGCCACUUCUGGACACGCCUCUGUGCACUUUCCAACUACCAGACCUCACCGUGUACCGGGACGACUUCCGCGGCUUCAUUGAGAGAGACCUCAUCGAGCAGUCCAUGAUGGUUGCCUUGGAGCACGCCGGUCGAUUGAACUGGUGGACAAAAGUGGUUUCAAACUGUCAGAACCUUCUCCCUCUGGCAACGAGCGGGGACGGAAAUUGCCUGUUACACGCCGCCUCGCUCGGUAUGUGGGGUUUUCAUGACCGGGACCUGAUGCUCAGGAAGUCCCUGUAUGCGCUGAUGGAUCACGGUAUGGAGAGAGAAGCACUGAAGCGCAGGUGGAGGUGGCAGCAGACCCAGCAGAACAAAGAGUCCGGUCUGGUGUACACGGAGGAGGAGUGGCAGAAAGAGUGGAAUGAACUGUUGAAGCUCGCCUCCAGCGAGCCGAGAAUACACUACAGCACCAAUGGCACCAACGGGGUGGAGUCCUCGGAUGAACCAGUGUAUGAGAGUUUAGAGGAGUUUCACGUCUUUGUCUUGGCCCACGUCCUCAGGAGACCCAUAGUUGUGGUGGCCGACACGAUGCUGAGGGACUCUGGUGGAGAGGCCUUUGCUCCCAUUCCGUUCGGAGGCAUCUACCUACCGCUGGAAGUGCCAGCUGCCAAGUGCCAUCGCUCGCCCCUAGUCCUGGCGUACGACCAGGCCCACUUCUCUGCCCUGGUCUCCAUGGAGCAGAGAGACAGCUCCAAAGAGCAAGCAGUUGUGAUCCCUCUCACCGAUUCGGAGCACAAAAUGCUGCCUCUGCACUUUGCUGUCGACCCUGGAAAAGACUGGGAGUGGGGCAAGGAUGACACAGACAACGUGAUGCUGGCGAGUGUGGCUCUUUCUUUGGAGGCGAAGCUCCAGAUGUUGCACAGCUACAUGACGGUAUCCUGGCUGCCCCUGCCCUGCGAGCAAGCCCCUCUGGCCCAGCCUGAGUCUCCCACAGCAUCAGCAGGAGAGGAUGCCCGCACGCCUCCUGACUCAGGAGAGUCAGACAAGGAGUCAGUCAGCAGCAGCUCCAAUGGCAACGGAGACACCACCACGGGAUCAACGGUCAACGGAGGAGGCUCCUUGGCCAAGAACAGCUCCUCUUCCUCAUCCAGCUCCUCCAGCAGUGGGUCGGCAGGGGCGGGAGCCGCGGGGAAGGACAAAACCAAGAAGGAGAAGGACAAGGAUAAAGACAAGAAGAGGGCAGACUCUGUGGCCAAUAAGCUUGGUAGCUUUGGCAAGAGCCUGGGCAGCAAGCUGAAGAAGAACGUGGGCGGGCUGAUGACAGGAAAGAACGGUGGGGCAGGAGGUGUCAAGCAGGAGGGUGUGGAGAAGAAGAAGGGCUCGUUUAGGGGGAGGAAGGGCAGCAAGGAUAGCUCGCCUUCAGCCCACGCCUCAGAGGAUUCUGGGAAAGGCUCCCCCUCCUCAGGCAGCGAGCGUCUCAACGGGACAGGGAGCAGCAUGAGCAGCAGCGGCGGGAGCAGCACCGAGAGCGACACCUACAAGUACAGCGCCGACGUCAAGGUCAGCCUGGGCAUUCUGAGAGCCGCCAUGCAAGGGGAGAGGAAAUUCAUCUUCGCCAGCCUUCUCACCACCAGCAACCGCCAGCCCUUCCAGGAGGAGAUGAUCCAGCGCUACCUCGCUGACGCAGAGGAGCGCUUCCGGGCUGAGCAAGAGCAGCAGCGGCGUGAUGCGGAGAGGAAGGGCGUCACCAACGGCAUCCAGCCUCCUAAAAAGGAGACAGUGGGUGGUACGGAGCUGGGCUACAGGCCCUACGAGGCCAAAGAGGAGCUGUCGGAGAACUCGUCACCCUCCUUCAACCAGCUCAAGCCCUCUCCUUUGAGUCCCUCUAUGUACUCUGGUGUGGUGCCCAUCCCACGGCCCUCCUUCAUAGACCAGCCCCCUCCUGCUGCGGUGCCCCUCACCCAGCACCUUCAUAUGCACGGCUACAUGGAUACGCGGCGCCAGCUUGCCGGCGGCUCCCCAGCGACCUCCUACCCCGGCCUCCCCUCUUACGCCACCCUUCCCCGCCACUGUCCCACAGCGCAGGGUCCCCCCCAUCCGCAGUAUAAUAACUCCCAAGGCCCUGCCUCCCUGAGCCCCUCCCGCCUCGCGCCCUCGUACCCCCCCGAGUUCGACCCACCGGACUACCCCGGGUCGGAACCCGCCGGUGGGAGCUACACCAACGGCUUCCGGGACAUGCGCUCCAACUUGGACUCUCGGAGCGGGCAGCCCCCAGUCAGACACUACUCACUGGGCAGCGCCGGCGGCUUGGCCAACCUGCAGUCGAGCCGCUGUCGAACACCCAGCUGCACCUACUACGGACACCCGGAGACGGGAAACUACUGCUCCUACUGCUACCGGGAAGAGCUGAAGAAGAGAGAGCCAGAAGCAGCCAUCCACAGGUUCUGAAUGGACCUUUGGCUUUGGCUUGUAUUUGAUGAGUGGCCUUUUUCAGUUAAAACCCCCCCAAUAAAACGGCUGGGGUGCAUCAGCCUCGGAACAGACAAGAGAAAGGCACAACCAGCUCCCUCCCUUUGUCAGCUGUGUCACUUCCUGUUGGAAUAGACGACCUCAGAAAGUAGCGAGAGAGUCUACAUGGCUGCAGAAUAAACAGGGUGGACUCUGGCGGCCGGGGUCACAUGUUAGACCAUAGAAUAAACUAACUGCACUUCUGUUACAUUUUGCUGUGGCUCUUAUGCAGGCGUUGUGUAUGAGUGUGCGUGUAUGUGUGUGUGUGAGAGUGUGUGUGUGUGUGUGUGUGUGUAAGCGGCAGGCUCUCCUCUUUAUCAGUUUAACGCCUUGCUACUGUCUCCUCCUGGUGGAGAGAAUGUAUAUGGCAGGCGCCGUACAUAACACUCAUCAACACACAUAUACACACUACAUGCACACAUAUACACUGAGUCAGAAUCACACUACUACACACACACACACACACACACAGAUGCAAGCACAAACAGAAAAGGCACGAGCGUCUCCACUCCAUUUUGUGGUCUGUAAUAAUGUUUGGAUUGGUUCAUUAAGGGAUGUUUGAGCAUUUUUGAAGUCACAUCCGGUUCCGGGUUGAUUUCGGUGUUACAUACAGAUUUUACACUACUGUUACUAGAUGCUUGCAUCAUAUGUACCUCGAGAAAGAGCAGAGUUAACCCUCGUCGUUCACCAUUUUGCGUAAUGCAAAUUGAAACUAGCGUGCAAUGCUCCUGAUUACGUGUCCGGUGGGCUGCUGUGGUGCUAAUGCUCCAGAAUGCAAACAUAUAAAUGUCCAUGCAUUAAAGACAACUGCUCUGCACUGUUAUCCUUUAAGCAAAUUCAUAUAUCUAUAAAUUGGAUUAAUAAGAUGGCAACCUUUUUAAAGAUGAAACGAGUUUGGCUUUUUAUUAACCAGGCAUUGUUGAACAAAGAUGACAAGCAGUAGCAACAUAGCACUGCGGUAAGAUAAGAGUUCCCAGAGCCAGAUCCACACUGCAAGAAAUGUGUGUCUAAAAACAAGAUAAAAACACUAAAUCUGAGGGAAAUGAUCUUGCUGCAUGGACAGAUUUCAUUUGACAAGAUUUAUUGAAUUUAGAUUAUUAAACCUAGAAAUGAGCAUGUUUUACUCUUAAAAUAAUAAAUUAACUCUUAAAACAAGAUCAAUUAAAGCUGGAAGCAGCGAUGAACUGGCCCGGGCAGAGUGCACUGACAAUUAUUUGUUUCUUUCCAAGAUAAAAAAAACUUUAGAUUUAGAAGUGUUAGAUAAUUUAUCUUGCUUUGAGAGUUACUUUCUUAUUUUAAGCGUUCAACAUGCUUAUUUCUAGAUUUAACAAUCUUAAUUUAAGAAAUCUUGUCAAGUGAAAUUAUCUGUCCAUGCAGCAAGAUCAUUUCCCUCAGAUUUAGUGUUUUUAUCUUGUUUGUGCAGUGCAGAGGGUUUCAUACGUCUGUUGCAAUGUUUCUCUUUCUCCGUUGGGUCUUCCUUUUUCUGUAACAAUGGUUGGCGUUGUGGCAUUUGAUUAUUGUGGCCAACACAGGCAUGCAAUACUACACUACACUGCAAAAUAAAAAUGUCACAUCCAGCACAACAGAGUUUGGAGACAUUGGUUACAUGCAUUUUUUAAAUGUUCCUGAACUAAUUUUUGGAUUGCAGAUGAAGAAAAUGAACCGAUUUAUUGACAUAAGUGACAUAAACUUCUCUAAUAAGCUCUAAAUCUGUGGAUUUCUGCAGUUGUGACAUUUGUCUCCAGUGUCUGUUUGCAUGAAGCAAAGGGAUGCAUGCACAUUUGUCAAAUGUGACGCCCAAUAAUAUUCACAUUGCAUUGUGGGAAAAAAAAUUUAAAUGACAAACUCUCUGCACUCUGGUGGUCGAGAAACAUGUUUCAUACAAUCUCAUAAUCGCACAAAAGGUGAUGCAUUCAUGUCGUCCUCACUAACGGGACAUCUUAAUGCUUAUUGGUUUGGUUGCAAGUUCUACUGAAGGCAGUUUCUCAAAUCCUGGCAUUCGUCCCACCAAAUCCAGUUGCAUAAUUCUCUUUUUGCACAAAUUCAAGCACUUUCCUGAUGUCCUGAUACAAAACGUUUUACUGUUUUUUGAAGUGGCCUGUACUGUUGCCCUUUUGUUCAUCUCUGCAGACACUGCCACUUCUGUUGGUGGGGAAAUCAGGGGCACAGGCCAGAAGGGUUUCUCUAAAGGAUUCAGUUACUGUAGAGCUAAAGCAUUUUUGGUGCCGGCGGCGUCACCAUCUAACUCAGUUUCCUAGUUGCCUUUUUCAGCAUUUUGUCCUCGUGGCAUCACAAUCCUGUUUGUACGUUUGUGUGAGAUCAAGUAUCCACUGCUUGCUUCAUUGCCUGCAGUUUCUACUACUACUGCCCCCAAAAUAUAACGAAUUAUAACUAUUUUUUAAACAGUGUUGAAGCUGUUGAGAUAAUGCCAUUUUUAUUUCCCAUUAGGCAUAUCAACUAGUUGAUACUGGCUGAUCUUCUGUUUGAGUCUUCCUUAUUAUAAUUUCAAAUUUAUGGCUGUUUAAGUUGUACUAAUAGUUGAAAUGACUACUUAAAUCCUUGUGAUUUUUUCCCCGAUAAUAAGCCAUGGUGAGGACUUUCUUUUGAGGUAGAGCGACUCUCUACUCUCGCUGAUUUAAUCUGUUCUUUGGCAUUAAGUCUAGAAAAGCACAAUUUAGUAUGCAAUUCACUGCCUUGCCCAGUUGAGGGCACUCUUGUUUUGUUUUUCUUUUAACUCUGUGUUUGGAGCUUACCCUCUCAGCUACAAACAAGAAUAACCAAAAUAUUGGGGAAUCAUUUUCAGUAGUGCUAAUUUAACACUAUGUAACACUAUAUUACAAUAUUUUCUACGUUGCUAAAGCCGGUCAAGGAAGAAGGGAGUUUAUUUGCUGUGCAUUUAAAGUAACACUAGAGUUUUAAUGACGAUAAAACACUUAAAUCAUGCUAUUUCCCCAAAAAAACAUGUGCAUUUGCUGUGUUUGUGUGUUGACAUGUGUCCAUGCACUAGCAUUUUAAUUCAGACGAGACCCAUCAAGUGUUCCCUCACUGUGGGAAGGUGAUGCCUGUUUUUAAAGACAAAUGUGUAUGUGUGCAUAUUUCUCUUUCCCUCCCUCCAAAGUAAUAAUUAGCUUACGAAACCAUUUUAUUAUUUUUUUUGCAAUGAAACGCCUCAGAAACGUGUCAGACAUCAGACUUCACAGGCUACAAACACUUUUUUGUAUUUAAGAAGAAAAAAACAAAAAUGUGAGGUUGUAUAAAUAUGUUCCAAGUUAUUUUUGUAAGCCUAAAGUUUUACAGUGUUUUUAAAAGGGUAAGAAUGUAUAUUGUUGGAUACUGUCACAGGUGUGGAUGAUUAGCUUGUAAGAGCCUGGAUUCGGUGUUUACCAGAAAGUGACAUUUUGGCUGUGGAAGGCGACUCCCAGACGAGCCUCUCGAUCCUCGAGGCUCUCUCAUUGCAAACUAAUUUCCUCAGUGCUGACCUAACAAGACACCAUUUGAGAAUAUAUAUUUAUAGUGAGAUUUUUUAUUAGGUUUCCUUGUGGAAUGUUUAGUUGCGACAUUUUAGGAUGUUCUUUCUCACAUGGCUAAUUGUCUAGCAGUCUGGCUUUUAUUUGUUUGUUGCUUCUUUUUUUUUUAUUUGUACAUUUUGUUUACGUUUUUUUCUACAGCCACCAAUCCGUGCUAUGCUAAAACAUGACAGCAGUGUUCUCGUUGACCCAGCUCGUUUCCUCCAAACCUGAGGAGAAAUGGCUCAGAAUUAGUUUUUUGCGACACACCUGACCCGAUAUAUAUUUUUAUAUAUUGUACAACACUGUAUUUUCUGUGUGAACAGAAUAUUCAUCAUCAAUGACAUUAACAUGGAAUAUUUCGAGUUGCAUGGGACUGGAACUGUUGCAUGUAAAUGGCAAUCCAUUUUACCAAAUUUGUGCAUUAUUUUAACUUUCAGUUGUCCUGGUAUUUUGAUCUGUUUUUAUUAUUUUUUAUUGUUUUAAUGUUUUUCCUUUUUUUGAGAGGAGAGCCCUAAGGCUGUGUGACAGUGCAAUCUGGAUAGAAAGAACAUCAGAUUUUAUGUUAGGUUAUUAUUAUUAUAAUUAUUAAUUUUUUUUGCACCGUUUGAAUAAAUUCUCAUUGUAUUUCAAGAA